GCUCGAGAGUCACAAACACAGAGCAGCAGCAGCAGCAGCAGCAGCAGCUAGAUCAGGUGUAAGUGUAGCUGCAGCGGUCAGCAUGAUGUCUGGAGGUCCGGCGGUGCGCGUCAGCAUCGAGUCUCAGUGUGAGCGUCAGGUGCAGGAGGUGUCUCUGGACGGUCUGGAGACGUAUGUCCCGCUGCUCUCCAUGUCUCAGAACCUGGCCAAGCUGGCGCAGCGGAUCGACUUCGACCAGAGCUCCGACUCAGACGAGGACGGCCAGGAGCGGGAGAGCCGGGAGCCGUGGGGCAAACCUGAGCCGGAGGAGGACGAGGGGACGGUGAAGUUCCAGCCCUCGCUGUGGCCAUGGGACUCGGUGAGGAAUAACCUGCGCAGCGCUCUCACAGAGAUGUGUGUGCUGCACGACGUGCUCAGCGUGCUCAAGGACAAGAAGUACAUGGCACUCGACCCUGUGUCCCAGGACCCCGCUCUGACCAAGACCCCGCAGGUGUUCCAGCUGAUCAGCAAGAAGAAGUCUCUGGCCACGGCGGCGCAGCUGCUGCUGAAAGGAGCCGAGAAACUCACCAAGUCUCUGGCGGAGAACCAGGAGCAGCGCAGACAGCGGGACUUCAACUCGGAGCUGCUGCGUCUGCGCUCUCAGUGGAAGCUGCGCAAGGUCGGGCACAAGAUCCUGGGUGAUCUGAGCUACCGCAGCGCCGGGUCUCUGUUCCCCCAUCACGGCACGUUUGAGGUCAUCAAGAACACAGACAUCGACCUGGAUAAGAAAGUCCCUGACGAUUACUGUCCGCUCAACGUGCAGAUCCCCAGCGACCUGGAGGGGUCGGCGUAUAUUAAGGUGUCCAUUCAGAAGCAGUCUGCUGAUAUCGGAGACCUCGGCACAGUCAGUCUCUUCAGAAGACAGCCCAAAGCCAAACCUGGCUCUCAGAUGUGGCAUUUGAAGCUGGAAGCGGCUCAGAAUGUGCUGCUGUGUAAGGAGAUCUUUGCUCAGCUCUCACGUGAAGCUGUUCAGAUCAAAUCACAGAUUCCUCACAUCGUCGUCAAGAACCAGAUCAUCUCUCAACCCUUUCCUGGUCUGCAGCUGUCUAUCUCUCUCUGUCACUCCACUGGAGAGAAGAAAAGCCAG